AUGGACGGAGGCAGCAUUGUUCAGCAGGCCGUGGGAGUGGUCUACAAUGUCCUCUUGCCCCUCACCUCGCCGCUAUGCCGCGUGCCAGGGCUAACGUCGUACGCCGUGACCAAGUGGCGGCUCGCCCUCGACGACUACAAGGGCACUCGCACGCGGGCCAUCCACGGGCUGCACAGCGAGUAUGGCACGGCUGUCCGCAUCAGCCCCAACGAGAUCUCCUUCUCGUCCCUCUCCGCGCUGCGCACCAUCUACGGCGCCGGCUCCGGCUUUGAGCGCACCGACUUCUACCGCAUGUUCGACGUCUACGGCCGACAAAACCUCUUCACCUUUGCCGAGAGCAAGAAGCAUGGCGACCGCAAGAAGAUCCUCGCACAUGCCUACUCCAAGAGCAACAUCCUCUCGCCCGCAGCCAUCGCCAAGCCCCUGAUCGAGGGCAACGCAAAGAGCUUCCUCAAUCUCAUCGAGCAAGAAAAGGACGUCGCGUCAGAGAUAUUCCACAGCCUGCACUGGUUCAGCCUCGACAGCAUCACCGGCUUCCUCUAUGGCAACGAGCACGGCGGCACCCACGCGCUCCGCGGCAACGAGUCGGACCGCGCCAUGCUCAACGACAUUCUAGACCCGGCCCGGCGCAAGCUCACCUGGUACGCCGUCCAUCUCAAGGCGUACACGCGGUGGCUCUACUCGCAGACGGGCGUCCUCGGCAGCGCCAUCUCCGCCCUCAACCUACUCCCCAUGAAGAGACCAGCCACAUACACGUCGAUCCGGGCCCACGCGCUCAAGUCGUGGACCGAUUUCGAGAGCGACGUGCAGAGCAAAGACCUCAAGCCCUCCACCACCGCCGCCGCCGCCGACUCCAUGGCCUCCAUCAUGGCCAAGCUCUGGAAGCACAGCACCUCCGGCAAAGCCCCGGCGCUCGACGGCCUGGACAUUGCGUCCGAGGUGGCCGACCACUUCCUCGCGGGCAUUGACACGACGAGCGACACGCUCAUGUUUGCCAUCUGGGCGCUCUCCCUGCCCGAGAACAAGAAGUACCAGGACCAGCUCAUCGCCGAGGUCGACUCCCUCAUCACUGCGGACGACUGCAAUGCUGACGGCAUCCCCACAGUGCAGGCGGUCGACCGUUUACCCUUCCUGGAUGCCGUGAUCAAGGAGACACUGCGCCUCUUUGCGCCCCUGCCGGCCUCCGAGCCGAGGAGUCUGCCGACGGACACCGCCGUCGAUGGGUAUCUGAUCCCUGCUGGCACGGUAGUGAGCAUCUCGCCGUACACGCUGCACCGCAACGCCGAGGUGUUCCCGCACCCGCUCGAGUUCAGGCCAGAGAGAUGGCUUGGGGAGCUGGGCGACGUGGCCGAGAUGAAGAAGUGGUUCUGGGCGUUCUCGAGCGGUGGCCGAAUGUGUAUUGGCAUGCAUCUUGCCAUGGCGGAAAUGACGACUCUCCUGACUGCCUUGUAUCGGGAGUACACCACCACCGAGCAGGAGCGGCAAAAGGGCUCGAGCCCGGCGAUCACGAGUCGCUUCGAGGUGUUUUACGACGAGAAGUACGAGAGGAUCAGUGAACAUGCUUGCUAUAUCGAUUUCCACAGGAGGUAG